UUACCCGAUCGAUUACGCAACCCGGCAGGAGCCAGCGCUCGCUCGUUUUCGCGCACAGGUUUUUCGCGUGUCCGGCUCGAUGGCGCGCGGGCGGAUCUGCCUGUUUCUGGCGUGCCUGGUGGCGGCGUCGGUGUCGUCCACCGCGUCCGCGUUCGUGUUCAAGGCGGGCGGCACGGCCGAGUGGCGCGUGCCGGCCGAGUCCAGCGGCGCCAACGCCAGCGCGUACAACGCGUGGGCGCAGCGCAACCGCUUCCGAGUCGGUGACGCCAUCGCGUUCACUUACCAACCCGGCAACGACUCGGUGCUGCUCGUCGACAAGAAGGCGUACGAAGCCUGCGACACGGGCUCGCCGAUCGACACGUUCGCCGACGGCAACACCGUAUUCAACUUCACCCGCUCCGGCCCGUUCUACUUCAUCAGCGGCAACAAGGACAACUGCAACCGCAACGAGAAGCUGAUCGUCGUGGUCAUGGCUGAGCGCGUGGCUGUUGGCAACGACACGGAGCCGCCCGCGCCGCCCGCGGGUCUGGCGCCUUCGCCCAACGGCCCCUUCUCACCGUCAUCCCCACCACCGCCCUUCGGCAUCGAUAUCUCUCCGACGGCGAACCCACCGCCACCGCCGAAUGCCGCAGCCCCAAAGGCUGCAGGUGUUGCCGGCACGGCCGCGCUCGCCAUUGGAGCGCUGUUCUACGCGCUUGUUUGAUAUGUACGUUUUGUUUAAAAUGGUCGUGCGCGCGCAUGUUGUGGAUGGAGGACGAUACGGACGUACGGCUGCUUUACUAGCUUAACGAAAUAAUCGACGUGUACCGAUUGAUUUGGGUGAAGUUUGUUUCUUAAUGUGAUGUAUGAUGUAUCAAAUGUUGCUGGAAUGUAUGUAUUGUUGAUUAAUUCAUUGCUGAUGGAAAUGCGGAUUUAGUCCAA